AUGUACAAUGGUGUUUAACCUAUGUCGUCAUCUCCUAUUGAAAGCUAGAGGAAUAAAAUUAUGUCCUGGUUAUUUUAACUCUAUCACGUUGAUAUUCUAUCCUAAGAACUAAGCCAUGGCACAAAUGGCCUUACUUUCUCAUAAAGUGAGUAAUAAACUAGUAGGCAUCACUAGUUAAACGGCUAUCAAGAUCCUUACCCGACUGUUCAGUAACCAGAUGGUAGAAUUGCUGAAAAGUUAACCUAAGAUCUGAACUAGUCAAGCUCGAAUAUCUCCAAAAUAAACUCUAAGUAACUCAUUAACUACUUCAUGCAACCACCAGGUGAGGCUGGAAGGAGCUAAUACUAAAACACUAAAAGUUAAAUAAUGGUUGAAGGCGUAUUGAUGAGCAAUCCACUCAGCAACAGCUAAAGUAAAGAAGGUGGCGUUGGCAGUGGUGCUCAAAUUGCCACAAUUUUUGAGUCAUCAAAGUAAUUCAAGAAACUAACUCAGAGGAUAUAAAAGUUGAGGCAAUAAAGCGCUAAUAGAAUUUCUUAGUCCAAAGAAAUAGCCAACUUAAAUCAUUUGCAAUUACUUUACAAGAAGAAUUUUAACAAUCAAGAGUCCAUUCGAAAGGGAAACGCCUCAGGAGGAACUCAUAAUAAUACUAAUUAGAAUGGGAAUUAAAUUCCUCUUACAAAUCAAGCCUAAUCUAAUCACACUAAAAUAGAUGGAUAUUAGACUAAUGUAAGUUUUAAUAGAGGAUAUUUCUAGCACAACGAUAAUAGUAUAGUUGAAGCUAUGCAGUAGAGCAGAGAGACAAGUAUUAGAAGAUUAAUGAAAGAUAGCAGCUAAAAUAACUACAAUAUUCAGCAGAAGAAUCGUAGACUAAUUAGUCAAAAGAAAAAAAUGCUUGAGGGUAUAUAUACAGGAAAUUCUCCUAAGUUAAAUCCAAAGAGCUCAAAUCGAAAAAUAUUCUCUUAAACCAAAUAGCGAUAGUAGCAACUAUAAAAUGAAAUACAAUUAUAAUCUACUACUUCAAAUGAGUACUUUCAAAUUGGUGCAAGCAACAAUCAUAAUGAGGCUUAAUAGCUAAGGAAUAAAUUCAAAAAGAGUGAUAACAAUUUUUAUCGUAACUACAGAUAAGAUCUAGAAUUAACAGAUAAAUUUAAAAGAAUCCAUCAGCAUGCCAGAAGAGAUUCUAUUGAAUUUAAAUCGUAAAACGAAAUACAUUUUGGGUCUGUGAUAAACGAAAAUGAAUCUAUCCCUUAUUAAAAUUAUCCUUAAUCCUAAUAAACUGGAUUACCUUUUGAUCGCAGUGUACUUUAAAAUAGAGAGUUUAUGAUCAAGAAAUAGACAACUGAGGUUAAAUCCAAUAGACUCUAAGCAAAUUCAAGUUAUAGCCCUUAUAAAAAUUAAAUAAAAAAGAAGAAUAGAAAGAGACCUUUAAUAAAUAAUGGAUUAGUAUAUAACUCAUCUGAUUGGAAUGGACAUCAUUAAAUGACUAAUGAACAAUACUAGAAAGAAAAAACUUUAGUUAAUACAGGUGAAAUCAUUAAAAACGAUCCAUUGUAUAGAUUAAUAUAAAAGACAGAUAUGUUUGAUAAUAACCAGAAGUAACUGAGCGAAAAUAGCUCAAAACAAGGCAUCCAUAAGAGUAUCUAUCCAAAAUUUAUUCAAUCAAAGACUUAAAGAAAAAUUAUUUAGAAUGCUAAACCUAUGAACUCAAAUAUGUUUAGUACACCAAGGACCAAUACCCAUGCUGAUAGUAAUGAGACUCCUAGAAGAAAAUUUAUUAAUUCUGACAAACAUCAUCGUUUCUUUGAAAAUCCUACUCUUAUAAAUCUCUAAAUUAAUAACAUUAACACAGUUAACAUUGAAAGACCACUUUCAGGUAAUUUUAUUGACCAAUAAAAUGAAGAGUAAUUCUAAAAAUCUGUCUAAAGUAUUAAGGAUAAGAUUAAUAACUUACAUUAGAAUUUGCAAAAAUACGAUUAAUUCGUCUAAAACUUGAAAGAUGAUUUGCCUCUUGAUAUAAAUGAUACUAUUAUGGAGGAGGAAAACACUUCAAGAAUGAAAGAAGAAAUGAGCUAAAUGUCAAAUAGUAAAAUGAGGUUUCUCAAUGAUACCCCAGCUUCAUAAACUAUAACUAGCGAGACACUCAAUAAUUGA